AUGGGUUUCACGAGCACCAAGAACAGCAAGGCUCCUGCGUUGUUCGAGAUUAGAAUAAAUUCCACAGAGCACGACGUCAUAGUCGUCAAGGGUGCCCCCCAUGAUGCCUCCUCCGUGCUUGUAGCAGGAACGGUAGUUCUAUCCGUCUCUGAGCCAAUGCAAAUCAAGAAAUUAACGCUGAGAAUGUACGGCAUGCUGCGUUUGAACUUGACAACCACAUAUCGCGGGCCAAAAGGUCCAACCGAAAGAAGCUUCAAGUACGACAAGAGGUUUUUCGAGCAUGUCUGGGACAACAUCAACAUCGAGGACUACUUUCACAACCUCUAUGACAACUAUGGCUCUCAAAGAUCUAUUGCCAGUAAAAGUGGUUCCUUCAGCAAUCUGCACAGUUUGCACAACAGAGCCAAGUCUACAACUUCUCUUAAGUCGCUGACGUCUGGCUCCGGAAGCAACAGUCACCUGUUGGUUAAAGGAAAUUACGAAUUUCCAUUCAGUGCUGUCUUGCCCGGUACGCUUACCGAGAGUGUUGAGGGCUUACCCAAUGCCUCGGUAAUUUACAAAAUCCAGGCUACCAUCGAAAGAAGCAAGUUCGCCACUGAUUUGAUAAGCAAAAGGCAUCUUAGGGUGAUUCGCACACUAACUCCCGAUGCUGUGGAACUCAGCGAGACGAUGUCGGUAGAUAACACAUGGCCAAAAAAAGUGGAUUACUCUAUUUCGGUGCCGGGCAAAGCAAUCGCAAUUGGAUCUUCAACGAACAUUCACAUUCUUAUGGUGCCGUUGUUGAAAGGCUUGAAACUAGGGCCUGUCAAGAUACAGCUCGUCGAGUAUUCUUCUUUCUGCGCCCCUUACGGUGCCGGCAACAACCAGGAGCGUAUUGUAUCCAAGCUGAAGCUUUCCGACCCCCUUAAUCACUCGAAUAUCGAUGCUGAUGGUGAUGAUGCAAGAAUGCCGGAAUUCCAAGACAAAUGGGAGUUAGAGGCUUCCUUUAAGAUUCCUCCCAGCCUUUCAAAAUGUACACAAGAUUGCAGUAUCUUGUCGAAUAUAAAGGUACGCCACAAGCUGAAAUUCGUUAUUUCGUUGAUAAAUCCCGAUGGACACGUCUCAGAGCUUCGUGCAUCUUUGCCAGUUCAGCUCUUUAUCUCACCUUUCGUGGCUCUGGGUGUAAAGUGCACCGACUCGUUGGAUAGUAGUGCUAACAUUUCAGCUAACAGCACGGAUGCAGAGGGUGGUGAAGAUGACGAUGACAUGAUAUUUUCUAAUUCAAUGUCUGAGCUCAAUUUGGCAGGACUCGGCGCGGAUCAAAAUCAAAAUAGCUUUACAAACCUGGCCUCGGCCAUACUGGCACCCCCCAACUACGAAAGCCACAUUUACGAUAGAUUAUGGAGUGGUAUCUCUGUGGAAAAUACGCCUACCAAUUCUGGCAGACAAUCGCCGGUCAUGGCUACCGAAGGUUCUUUCCUGAGCAGUCCAAGCGAGAUGAGUGCUCUGCAGCAGGGGCUUCAAAAAUUACAUGUUGAGCAAGAAGGCUCUCCGGUACCCGAAAAUAGUGCACGUAACGAAACGUCUCAAGGCAGUUUGCCCACAACUCCUGAGCCAAGCUCGCAGUUGGAUUCGGGCUCGCGAGCAGCUGCCCAAACAGACUACUUCUCAGCACACACACCCCGUCAUGUACAGAGCAUGCUGGCGAUGAACGUUUCCGGGCUUAAAUCACCGGCACCUAUGUCAUCUCCGGGCCUUGACCACAUCUCUCGCGCUAACUCUUUUGGUCCCUUUGGACCAUCGGUCAAGUCCGAUUGGCGAUUAAACACGCUGAGCAGAGUACCCUCAUAUGAGAACGCGAUGAGAGGAGGUUCUAAUCCAAUUGACUUACCUCCAGCUUAUCCAAAUGAAGAUAAUGAGGGUUUGACUUUGGACUUAGAAAGGCCAAAGCUAGCACAUCAGAGGUCAUCAGAAAUUCACAGGGCGAACAGUGGCACUCGCUUGUCACACGCCGCUCUCUCACGCAGUAACAAUAGCUCUUCUAGCUCCUUACCCAAAUUUUCCUUAUCGCGAAACAAUACUGGUGGAUCAAAUGUUUCCAUCAAUGGUGUUUCAGGUAGUGGAGGCAAAAGUGGGAGCGCGUCGAAGCACUUUAGUUUCAAUAUGACACCACUGGGAGCCAAGAGAGAGAGCAGGGGGGAUGAACCACAUGCAAAGUUUUCUCUAAACGACUCUGAAUCGGUAGCUGGGUCACCGUCGCUUAGUCGAAACGGAUCGUUGAUGAACCUUAAAGGGCUCAUAUCUAGGAAGGAAAGGAAGUAG